CAAUUCAGGAAACACUUCCUAUUUACUGAUGAUGGGAUUACACGUCUCUAGUUCAACACAGAAGGGAUGUACACUUUAUUAUCCGGUCUCUACAAAUAUAUGUUCCAGAAAGAUGAAUACUGCAUUCUGAUUCUUGGAUUGGAUAAUGCAGGGAAAACGACCUUUCUGGAACAAACCAAGACUAAAUUCAGUAAAAACUACAAGGGUAUGAGUUUGUCCAAGAUCACAACCACGGUGGGUCUGAACAUUGGCACAAUAGAUGUAGGCAAGGCACGCCUUAUGUUCUGGGAUCUUGGAGGCCAGGAAGAGUUGCAGUCACUAUGGGAUAAAUACUAUGCAGAGUCUCAUGGAGUUAUUUAUGUCAUUGACUCUACUGAUGAAGAGAGGCUGUCUGAGUCAAAGAAUGCCUUUGAGAAAAUGAUAAGCAGUGAAGCAUUAGAGGGUGUUCCUCUUCUUGUGCUUGCCAACAAACAAGAUGUGGAAAACUGUUUAUCAGUGCCAGAUAUUAAAACGGCCUUCAGUGACUGCGCUCCAAAGAUUGGGAAACGCGAUUGCCUGGUACAGCCUUGCACAGCCCUCACUGGGCAAGGUGUAAAUGAAGGCAUCGAGUGGAUGGUCAAGUGUGUGGUCAGAAACAUUCACCGCCCUCCCAGGCAGAAGGACAUCACAUAGGGAACAAGUUGCCUCCUGCGGCCAGGUCAAUCCGACCCUCGACCACCGUGUCGGCAUCAUCGCUCCUGUCAGUGACAUGAGAUGAAAUAUCUUUUUUUUCCUACCCGUGUCCGAAUGGCGAAACUGCCUCACUUUUCCUCUGUGAGUGAGCGCACAGGAGGUUCAAGAUGGAUUAUAUUAACCCCUCUUUUCUUCUAACAUGGAUACCACCGUCAAGACAUACCACAAACACUCUUCUGUUUUCUUUUUUUUUUCUUCUUCAAGUUUCAAAAUGUGUGUGCGUGUAGUAUGUAAUAGUAUAUUGUUCUGUUUUGGAAAGCAUGCUCUGGCCAUCAGAUACACACUACUAGGGCAUGGAACUGACCUGACCUUCCUUUGUGUUAAUUACAACCUUAGAGACUCCAUCUGCGUGCAGUUUGCCUUUCUGUGCUAAAUGUAAGGCCUCUGUUCAGCCAAACCGCACACUCUUAGUACUUAACUUUGAAGAAA